ACUAAAAGUUGUUUUUCAUUUUAAUUAUUCUUGUCAUCAUCAAUUAUUAUUCAGUGACAAUUUUGUUAUACUUUUUUUUACGAAGAAUUUUUUUCAAAUUAUUCCAAAAAUACAUCGCCAAAGAGUGAGGGAAAAAAAGAUUAAUAUAAAAUUUAGGUAAACGAAAAACAGAAAAAUAAAAUAAAAUGUGGUCAGGAACAGUUGGUCUUGUCAAUGGACAAUAUAAAUAUUUGACUGCCGAAACAUUUGGCCAUAAAAUCAACGCCAAUGGUGUAACAUUAAAAAAGAAACAAUUAUGGACAAUCGAACCAUUUCCAUUCGGUGCAUCGACCGGUUCAUCGUCGUCAUCAACAUCAUCAUCAUCGAAUGGAAAUGGUAUUGGUGGAUCAAUUAAUUCACGAGCACCAGGAAUGAGCCCACAGAACAGUAUUGAAGAAAUGGAUGAAUUAGAAAAUGUGGCCAUCAAAUCACAUUUAAAUUGCUAUCUGGCUGUGGAUAGCUACGGGAAUGUUACCUGUGACAGUCAAGAACUUCAUGAUGGAUGUCGAUUCACUAUUACUAUAUGCGCAAUGACACAAGAAGGUCAUGAGGAAGAUCAAAUAUCAUGGGCAUUCCGAAAUGUAUCUCGAGGCUAUUUUCUUGGCGUUUCUAAUGAUAGCGGUUCAAUUAUAUGCAAUGCUAAGAUGCCACAAUCAAAAGCUGAACUUUGGCAUGUACAUCUGGUUCCUGCUCGUGGUGCCACAAUGUUUGGCUUUAAAUCGGUUGGUCGUAAACGUUAUGCGCAAAUCAUUUCAUCAGGCAAUCAAAAACAAAUACAAAUUGAUUCGACCAAUGUUUGGGGUCCAGAAACAUUGUUUCAAUUUAAAUAUUUUGAAAAUGGAAACUAUGCAUUGAUUCCUGCAUCAACAUGUAUCGGUUCAUUGAAAUAUAUCUCCUGUGAUGGAAUCUGUGUGGAUGCAUUAAUUGAAAAUUCACCCACCACCAACAAUAAUAAUAAAAAUAAUAAAUUGAACGGUUUUGCCAACGGCAAUGGAUUAACAAAUGGAUCAUCAUCAUCGAUUGUGAUGCCGCCAAAAGAUUGUCUAUUUACAAUCGAAUAUCAUGGAGGAUUUAUUGCUUUUCGUGAUAAAUCGGGCCGAUAUUUAGCUGCAACUGGACGACAGGCUGUAUUACGUACACGUUCAACAGCCGUCAGUAAAGAUGAAUUAUUUGUAUUUGAACCGGCGCCAUUACAAGCGGCUUUUCGAGCAACAUUUAAUAACAAAUGGAUCAGUAUCAAACAAGGUGUCGAUUUAUCUGCCAAUCAAAGUGAAGUAACACAACACGAAAUAUUUCAAAUGGAAUAUGAUGAUAAAUAUGAUUGUUGGUAUUUGAGCACUAAAGAUGGAAAAUAUUGGUCACCUGGUGCUGCAUCGGCUGUUCAUAUUUCUUUACCAAACAUGUCUGUUAAAGGUCGUUUUCGUUUAUCUUGGAAUCAAGACGAAGGAACAUGUUCAUUAUCAUUAAUUGAUGAUGAUAAUAAUCAAUUAAAACCAUUAUGUGCUAGAAAAUCUGGUCAGUUAUUUACGGGUGGUAGUGAAUCGAUUAAAUUCUACAUCAAAUUCACGAAUCGAACUAAUAUUAGUCUUCGUGCAUCCAAUUCUAGUGGAUUUGUCGGUACCAAAGGACAAGGAUCAUACAAAUUGGAAUCAAACAAAACAAUGCCGGAUAUGUUUGUCAUCGAAUAUGCUAAUGCCGAUAAUCCAACAAUAUCACGUGAUGAUUUCGAUACUAUCGAUUCAAGUUUUAAUUGUUGCUAUCUAAAAUUAGCUUCAACUGGAAAAUAUUUGAAUGUUGCCGAUGGACAAACAUUGGCUGCGGAUGCACCAUCAAUGGCUUGUGCCCAACAAUUUCAUAUUGAACUACGUACUGGAACAUACAUUGCUAUUCGUGCAUUUGAUUCGAAUGCUUAUCUAAAUCUAACUGCAAAUGGUGGCAUAGUGUUGGCUAAUUGCCCAUCAGAAAAGGCUACACUAUGGGAAUUUUGAGCUUUCUAUUCGAUCUUAUUCUAAUAUAUUCGUUACAUUCAACCAUCGUUCAUGUCUUUCUAUAUCAAGGAAUGCUGAAUUCAUA